AGUGUGUGGAGAUUGACCAGUAAGGAGUAAGGUGGAAGAUGGGUGUUUCUCAUUUCGUGGUUCUAUCAUGUUGUUGUCCACGCUUCUCCCCUACGCUGUCGUGUGCUUCAACCCUCUUUCGUUCUCGCCUCAGAGACUCAUGCAUCCGGUGUUGUACUACUGUAUCUGCUACUCCUUCUUCAGAGACUCCGACUCCGACUCCGACUCCAACCUCUGUCAAGAAACGAGUAGUGUCAGGAGUUCAACCCACGGGUUCAAUUCACCUCGGAAACUAUUUUGGCGCCAUCAAGAAUUGGGUUGCCCUUCAGAAUGCAUAUGAUACACUUUUCUUCAUUGUGGACCUGCAUGCGAUUACAUUACCUUAUGAUGUACAACAAUUGUCUAAGGCUAUAAGGUCAACUGCAGCCAUUUACCUGGCAUGUGGAGUGAAUCCUUCAAAGGCUUCAGUUUUUGUACAGUCUCAUGUUCGAGCACAUGUAGAAUUGAUGUGGCUGCUAAGUUCCACAACACCAAUUGGUUGGCUGAACAAAAUGAUACAGUUUAAAGAGAAAUCUCGCAAGGCGGGAGACGAGGAAGUUGGGGUUGCCCUUUUGACUUAUCCUGUUCUGAUGGCUUCUGAUAUACUUCUAUACCAGUCUGAUUUUGUCCCUGUUGGCGAAGAUCAAAAGCAGCAUUUGGAGUUGACCCGUGACUUAGCUGACCGGGUUAAUAAUUUAUAUGGAGGAAGAAAGUGGAAGAAAUUAGGCGGCCGAGGUGGUGCUCUAUUUAAGGUUCCAGAGCCACUUAUACCUCCAGCUGGAGCCCGAAUUAUGUCCUUAACUGAUGGCCUUUCCAAGAUGUCAAAGUCUGCACCGUCUGAUCAAUCCAGAAUCAAUAUUCUUGAUUCUAAAGAUCUUAUAGCAAACAAGAUCAAACGUUGCAAAACUGAUUCAUUUCCGGGCUUGGAAUUUGACAAUUCUGAGAGGCCUGAAUGUAACAAUCUUCUUUCCAUAUACCAGCUCAUUUCAGGAAAGACGAAAGAGGAAGUUGUGCAGGAAUGCCAAAACAUGAAUUGGGGCACGUUCAAGGUUCUUUUAACAGAUGCCUUGAUUGAUCACUUGCAUCCCAUUCAGGUUCGCUAUGAGGAGAUCAUGUCUGAUUCAGGUUAUUUAGAUGAAGUUUUGGCUGAAGGUGCUAGAAAUGCAGCAGAUAUAGCGGAUGCUACACUUCAUAAUGUUUACCAAGCAAUGGGAUUUUUGAGGAGAUAGUGAUAAUUGAUGCUAAGCAAAAGUAUACUAUAAGAUUGGUGGGACAGCAACUUAAAGGCUACCUUUUGGAUGAUUUAUUAUUGCCCUAUAAAUUUUGGAGUAAUCUUAUGGGGCUAUACUCGACAACUACAAUUGGAAUGAUUCUUUGAUGCAAAGCCUAAAGGUCCCAUAAGUUCUUGAUGCAAUGGUCAUUAUAUAUCCUUUAUACUUCUCAAUAAAUUUGGUUGUGGCAUUCAUUUUAUUUUAUUUUCAAUCUCAUCUCCUUCAUUAUUUAUUUGUUCUGUUUGAUGAAUUCAAAUUGGGAAAUGAUUUCCAUUGUAUUUGAUGGAGACACACUCGACCAAGUCAUCUUAAUUCUGUCUCCACUAAGUCCUUGUGAUGGUGACACAGCCAAUUUAUUUUUAGCUCAUCAAUUGGAUCUUCAUUAGUAAUUUUCGUCAUUUUGUUAAUC